AUGUCUCACGCCGCAGCACGAAGACCAUCGACAGGCGGCCUGCCGCCUGUCCAAAUCCGCGAGCAAUAUGUGGUUGAGGAAGCACCGAGCCACGAUGGCACAUCCUGCUUUACCGCCUGGAUACGAGACGAGAUUAUCAAGAUCCCGCAGGGAUGGGCAGCAUCAGAUUUUUCGAUUUCCGAUAAGCGUCCUCCAUGGUCCUUCCAGCUUUACGACACAACGUCACAGUCCGACAAUCCGGAUCACCUCAAAAUCCUGGCCGAGACGCUGCACAGGGAGACCCGGGAGGAGCGCGAAACACAUGGCCGCGGGGAGCCUGAUCGCAUCGAUGUAUGGGGCAUGCCGCUCGCCGCUGAUGCGUCCGACGAAGAGAGAAUCGCCAAGUGCAAGACCCACGUCUUGGCCGAAAUUGCUUCGCGAAACACCGCUGGAGCUGCGGACUUUAAUAUCCCACGACUCAAUUCUCAUGAGCAGUGGCAACGGGCUAUUGUCAUCAUCGACCGGCCCCAAGCACUCUGGGACACAGACGAGGGCGGCUUCCUAGCUGUGUAUUGGGAUGUGCGCCCUAGUUAUCUCGAACUACUUGCACGGGAGUAUGGUCAGGACCACCAAGAGCCGGAGACAAGUGCGUUUCGAUACACUCGAACUGAGCUGGGACAGGUGUUGGCUAACUUGAGGAGUGCCUUUUAA